UGUUAAUAAACAAUGGAAAUGGCAGCGAGCAAACGGUUUGCGCAGACGGCUACUGAAGAAGUUAAACAAAAGAAAUUCAAGGAAGAAGAAGUGUCCCCUGGAUCACAGACUCAUCAGAAAAUGUCGAUAGCAUCUCAAAAAGCGUUUUCAACAGGUUCGGAAUUCCCGCCACUACAGACUGGUACCCUCCGACUCUACAGCAUGCGUCUCUGUCCAUACGCUCAAAGAACUAGAUUGGUACUUGUCCACAAGAACAUACCACAUGAAGUGGUCAAUAUUAACCUGAGCAAAAAGCCUGAAUGGUACCUGGAAAAAAUCAACCCCUUGGGAAAGGUCCCCGCGCUUGAGAAAGAUGGCAAGAUCAUUUACGAAUCGGACAUUUGUUGUGAUUAUUUAGACCAGGUGUAUCCAAACAACAAAUUGACCCCUGAUGACCCAUAUCAACAAGCUAAGGACAGGAUGUUACUUUCACAUUAUGGACAGGUGACUACGCAAUAUUACAAAUUCUACUUUGGUACACCGGACAGCUUUCCAGCGACGGCCGAGGCUCUCGGCAAAUUACUGUCGGAAUUUGACAAAGAAUUGGAAAAGAGGGGAAAAUUCUUUGGAGGCGAUAAUGUUCAAAUGAUAGAUUUCUUGGUGUGGCCCUGGAUUGAACGAUUCUCCGCAAUGGAAAAGUUGGUCAAUCAAGUAUUUCUGACAGAUGGAUUAAAACCAAAUUUGAUGGCGUAUCUGAAGAGAAUGGCAGACAUUCCAGCAGUUAAGAAGUGUAUGACAACGGAGGAUAAUCACCUAAAAUUUUACCACAGUGUCAAAAGUGGCAAUGGCGAUUAUGAUAUCGGACUUGAGUAAUUUUCUACGAAAAAGAGAGAAAAUUAAAAUCGAUGAUAAUACCAAUAUUAGGCCAUCAUUAAAAAUAUCUUUGUUUCCCCUAACCCGACCCUAAAAUUUGAAGUUGGGUAGGUAGGUAGGUAAAUAAUUUUUUUUUCUGACAGCAGCUUUGAAAAUACAUUCUGAAUUUCUGAUAAGAAUGGGUUUUCAUGAAAUUGUACUUUAUAAAAGUUGAUAAACAUUAAAAAAAAUUAUUUGAAUAAUCUUCUUAUAAAAAAAAACUUUUCAGUCGGCGGGAUUUAAUUGGGUCGGUCGCGUUAGGGGAAACAAAGGUAUUUUUUAUUUUGGCCUUACUAGAAUAACUUAGCCCGGAGGAAGGGGAUAGGUCAGAUUUAGUGGUAUGGGUGUUCAAACGUACACUUGUUUUCGCCUACAUUAUAACUUAUGAAGUAUAAUUCAAUGCCCUGAGCAGGCUUUGUGACUGUGCUUGUUUAACAGAAAAAGGACAAGAAAAUCUUCACGAUCAUUCUACGAUAAAAGGACCGAUUCAGGGUAUAUAACAUGAAGCAAAAAAAAAUUUCAACUUGCCGAUUGCAAAAUACAAUUCUCUAAAGGACAUAUCAAUGCACUUGGAAAAAGAAUUAUCUACAAAUCUGGAAUCGUUAAUAUGUUACAACAAUUUCUAUAUACUAGUAUCCGUGGUCAUAAGGCAAUGUUAUGGAAGUUAUAAAUGCUUAUAAACAAGAUGUAUUAUUAUUAAAAUAAACUUCAAA